AUGAAGGUGCCCAAGAUGCUCAUCGACUACUCGCUGCGCUUCGGCAUUCCCAUCGGGCUGUGCUACGCGUACUGGGACCCGAAGUCGGACGAGGAGAUCCGUCGCGACGUGGAGUCGAAGAUCAGGCCGGACCUGGAGAGCAGGAAGAAGAAGCAGGCCAAGUUCGCCGAGCUGCUGCUGCAGAAGGACGGCAUCUCGAGCGAGUCCAAGCAGCAGCUGGACCAGGUCACGGCCUUCACCAAGACAAAGGAGCAGUAUCUAGCCGACCGGAACAAGGAGAAAUGA